UCCUCCGUCUCCACAUCCUCUAGAUCUAUCUAUGUCCCUGCCUUCAUCUCCUUCUUUGGCGAGAGGCGGCAAAGUUGGCACCGAGGUGGUGCAAGCAUCGGUGGACCAAAAGAUGACAUCGAUGAAGCAUCUCGUGCUCAACCUUGGCGACCCUACGCUACGCGAGAGAUCCCUCGCAGAGCUCUCUCAGGAGGUUCUUCGAAUCUACCCUGCACUUUCACCUCCAACUUUAACGUCGGCUGCAUCAACCCGAGUCUGCAAUGUGAUUGCACUUUUUCAGUGCAUUGCAUCACGCCCUGAGACCAGAAGCCCUUUCAUAGAAGCUGAUAUUCCAUUGUACUUGUACCCAUUCUUGCAUACUGUCGACAAGGCCCAACCUUUUGAGCAGUUGCGGCUCGCCACUUUGGGUGUCAUUGGUGCUCUAGUAAAGGAUGAGAACACUGAAGCUACUGAGUAUGUGCUCCAAUGUGAAACCAUUCCUUUGUGCUUGAACAUCAUGGAGAUGGGCAAUGAGCCUUCAAAAACCGUGUCCACUUUCAUUCUCCUAAAGGUUCUGCUAAGCGAAGUUGGUUUGAAGCAAUGUUGUGACACUCGCGGUCCUUUCUAUGCUAUUGCUUUUGCUUUACAAAAAAGGGUUGACUCACCAGAUGAACGGCCUUCGGCAAGGUUGCUGAAGUGCAUUAUCCGGUGUUACCUUAGGCUAUUUGAUCAUCGUAGGGGUCGUGCGGUGCUUAAAACAAGUCUUCCCGGCGUGCUACGAAAUGGGACAUUCAAUGGCUACCUCAUGGGGGAUCCUUCAGCACAAGAAUGUCUGCAGAAACUGUUGGCUGCCUUUCACCGCUGCAACGGCAACACCAUCGUGCCAUGAACCGCACAACGGCGUUGUAGUUUCCAUUGAGACAAUGAAAAAAAGUCUGUUGUGUUAAUAAGCCUUGGGCAAUCAUCGGUGUUUGGAACAUGUAGAGACUGUAAUAAAUUAUAGGGGAAGGAGGAAGGCCCUAUACAUGAUGAUCCUUCUCUUCCGCCGUAUUUGCGUGUUAAUUAAAUAAAUACUAGCUUCGUCAUUAUGGUUCCAUGUUGGGGAGGUUGUUGUAUAUAUUACCGUUGAAAUUAUGGAACGUGAAUCGAAUUGAGUUGUGAUGGAGAUUGUUGUU